UUGAAAAUUGUAAAAGUAAUGUUAACUUACUUAACUGUUAUUGUCUUUUUAUCGUGCGAUCUUUGAAGAAAUAUUAAUGUAAUGUGUGCGAUGUCGUACGUUACUUUACUUAGUAUAAUCGGACUACUGUUGAGAGCGAGCUGGUGUCUAGACCUAAAAUUUCCUCCAGGGUUCCAAUUUGGGGCAGCCACCUCGGCUUACCAAGUAGAAGGUGCUUGGAACGCCAGUGAUAAAGGUGCAAGCAUAUGGGAUGCUGCGCUACACAAGGACCCGAGCAUAGUCGUCGAUGGCAGCAACGGCGACGUCGCCUGCGACUCCUACCACCAGUGGAGGACGGAUGUUCAGAUGGCCCACGAUUUGGGGCUGCAUUUCUACCGAUUUUCCGUAUCCUGGAGCAGAUUAUUACCGACAGGCUUUCCAAACAGAAUAAGCAAAGAGGGAGCAAAGUAUUACAACGAGUUGAUCGACGGCCUCCUGAAGAAAGGGGUGCAGCCUGUCAUAACACUGUACCAUUUUGAUCUUCCGCAAAGCAUACAAAAUCUAGGUGGCUGGGCAAACCCGCUCAUAGCAGAUUGGUUCGCAGACUAUGCUCGCGUGGUCUUCACCCUCUACGCUGACCGGGUCAAGACCUGGAUAACUAUCAACGAGCCGCUGGCAAUCUGUGACCUUGUGUACAACUCGGGUUUCUUUGUCCCUAUGGUACUGGAACCAGAACUUGGACUUUUCAUUUGCAAUAAGAACGUGUUAUUGGCUCACGCUAAAGCGUGGAGGAUUUAUGAUGAGGCGUUUAAGCCAAAAUAUCAUGGUAAACUGUCAAUAGCCAACAAUCCUGAAUGGCUGGAACCAGCUUCAGAGAAAGAUGAGCAUCUGACCGAACUAGCGCGGGAAUUCGGAGCUGGACGUUACUCAGAUCCAAUUUACUCCACGGAAGGUGGCUGGCCGCCCUCUAUAGAGAAAAUAAUGGCAGAAUACAGUAAAAAGCAAGGCUUUCCUUAUUCAAGGUUACCACCGUUCACUAAAGAAGAGAAAAAACUUAUUCAAGGUACCUACGAUUUCUACAGCCUGAAUCACUACACUACCCGUCUAGUCAGAGCCGCUCAUCCGGAUGAGGCACCAGGAGUCUGGUACAUGUCCGGAUCAAAGGAGCUCAAUGCUGUGUUCGAGGCUGACCCACAGUGGCCGCAUGCCGACUGGGACUAUUUAGCGAUAGUGCCCCAAGGCAUUCGGCAUCAAAUCAAUUGGCUAAAGGAGCGUUAUAAUAACGUAAGCAUUCUCAUCACAGAGAACGGGUACGCGGCCCGCAAAUCGGAUUUGUAUGAUGCAGAACGUAUUGUCUACAUACGAGAUUACUUGAAAGAGGUAUUGCUGGCUAUAAAGGAAGAUGGUGCUAAUGUAAUCGGUUACUCAGCGUGGUCUCUCAUGGACAACUUCGAAUGGGCGUUCGGAUAUACCCUGAAGUACGGCCUGUACUCUGUGGAUUUCUCGGACCCUAUGCGCAAGCGCACCCCGCGCGCCUCUGCACUCUACUAUGCGAACAUCAUCAAAGAUCACUCUCUUGACGUCCCUGACUCUUCACACCAAUUCCAGUACUUGAAAAGAGAGGAAAGUCCAAACAGUACUCCAACGAAUAAGUGUCAAUGUAUACUACUGCUUACUGUGUUUAGUUUAGGGUAUUUUUUAUUAUGA